AUGCUCAGUGCUGAGGCAGGACAGAUGAGGUCACAGACACUGAGAAGGAAGAAGAGGGAAUGGAUCCUUCCUCCUGCCAAGCUGCUGGAGAAUACUGACUACACCCACAAGGAAUUCAUUGCCAAGAUUCGCUCUGAUAAAGACAGAGAUGCAAAGGUGGAGUAUUAUCUCUCUGGUCCGGGAGCUGAUAAACCACCCUUCAACCUCUUUGUGGUGGACCAUGACACUGGUUUUGUACGCAUUACUGGUAUUCUGGACCGGGAGAAACACCCAUCCUACAAUCUAACAGGAAUGGCUAAAUUCAAGGAUGGAACUACAGCAGAGGAUGACAUCCCACUGGUGGUCACAGUCUUAGACCAGAAUGAUAAUGCUCCUUAUUUUGAGCUGCAUACUGGGAACAUCACAGAGUCAAGCAAAAAAGGAACCCUUGUGAUGCAGAUUGAGGGGAAAGACAAUGACCAACCUGGAACAGUUAAUUCCCAGAUCUCCUACAACAUCGUCAGUCAGGAGCCAGAAGGCACGGGCCACAUGUUCACUAUAGAUGAAAAGACGGGCAACCUAUAUGUCAAAGAGCCCACGCUGGACAGAGAGACUUGUGACUUCUACAAAUUGGUUGUAAAGGGAACUGAUAUGGGAGGGGCAGCAGGAGGGCUAAUGGGAUCAGGGACUGUGGAAAUCAAAGUCCUGGACAUCAAUGACAAUAUCCCCAUUCUGGAAGAAUCUGAGUACUCUGGGUCAGUGGAUGAAAAUGUUGCUGAUGUGGUUGUGAUGAGAAUCAAAGCUCUGGACAAAGACCUUGAUCACACUGACAACUGGCUGACUGUCUUCAAAAUCGCCAAAGGAAAUGAAGAUAAUCUCUUCUCCAUUGAGACAGACAAAGAAACCAAUGAGGGCAUCCUGAAGCUGAUUAAGCCUGUGGAUUUUGAAGAAGUCCAGAAUCUUGAGCUUGGCCUGCUGAUUGAGAAUGUAGCUCCUUUUGUGGAGGGUGAUGCUGUUCUGAUGGAUGUGGAUGUUCAGGUUGGAGAAGGUGGUCCUGUGGCUUCUGGAGCCAGUGCUGGUGCUGGUGUUGGAGCCGGUGUAGGUGCAGGGGUAGAAGCGGGGGUGGAUGCAGGUGUGAAACUAGAUGUAGAUGUGGGUCUAGAAGCUGACCUGGAAGCAGGCGUGGGUGUAGGAGUUAAUCCUGAGGCAGGGCUUGGUCCUGGACUUGGGGUUAAGCCUGGUGUUGGGCUUGGUGUUGGGCCUGGUGUUGGGCCUGGUGUUGGACUGGGCGGUGGACUUAAGCCAGGUGUCAAACCAGGACCAGGAACAAAGCCACAGGCACCGGCAAAAGGCUAUCCCAUUAAGAUAGCAGUGAAUAAUAUGCCAGAGGGUCCAGCCUUUGUACCUGACACCAAGACCAUUCCUGUAUCAGAAGAUCCAGAUGAAACACCUGAAGAUGGUGUGAUCACAGUGUUUGCUGCUGUCGAUCCGGACACAGGAAAACCAGCUGAAGAUGUCAGUUAUGCUAAAGCCUAUGAUCCGGACAACUGGUUUACCAUCGACGAAGAAACAGCUGAGAUUAAACUCAACAAGGUACCAGACAGAGAGUCACCAUUCUUGGUGAACGGUACCUACAUUGCAAAGAUUCUGGCCAUGCCCAAAGACAUGCCAUCAAAGACAGCCACAGGAACAAUAGCCAUUCAAGUCGCUGACUCCAAUGACCACUGUCCCACCCUCACCACCACCCACAGCACUCUGUGUUCCAACAAAAAAACAGUUCUUGUCACUGGCUGGGAUGAGGAUUUCAGUCCCAACGGUGCUCCAUUCGCAUUCAAAAUCAUACCUGAUGGAACACAAGGCAGCUGGGUUGUAGAAGUGAUCAAUGAUACGAGUGUUGCUCUUCACUCUCAGGAGACGCUGUGGCCUGGUUCAUAUGAAUUGGAGGUGGAGGUGGUGGAUGCUCAGGGUCUGUCCUGCCCGGCCAACAAGGUUUUUACUGUGCACGUUUGUACCUGUGUGGAAACAGAGGACUGCAGCUUAAAGGCAAGCAGACGAGGAACUGCUUCGUCUGAGCUUUCUGCCCCAGCCAUUGGCCUGCUGCUAAUGGCGAUGUGCUUAGUGCUGUUCAUUCCUCUUCUCCUGUUGUUCUGUCAGUGUGGAGGAGGAGACACUAUCUUUCCUGACCAAUUUAGUGAUCUGCCAUUUGACAUCAAAGAAUAUCUCAUUUCCUAUCACACUGAAGGCAAAGGCGAGGAUAAGGUGGUGCCACUCCAAAGUGUUCCUAUCAUGUUGGGUACCCAAAAGAACAUUGGGGCAGCACCAGCACUGGACAGAAUUCCUUCAAAAAUCACAGAAAUGCAGCAUACAACUACAUUUUUCAAUGAAUCUGUGCAGAAGUUUCAGGAAACCACCCAAAGUUUGACGGAGGUCGACAACGUCUACAGGUUUUCAAGGGAAUCGUUUGACCAUGGUAAUGGCGGUGCAGUGCAACUCAGCGGGCAAAGACUUGGCAUCCACAACACAACAGCUCUGUAUGAGGAGAUAGCCCUGCCUGAUGCUUUCCUCAGUGACUACUACUCACAGAAAGCGGUGUGCGCUGUGCCAGUGAAAGAUGGCCUGUUGGACUAUGGUUUUGAAGGCCAGGGCUCCUCUGCUGGCUCAGUGGGGUGCUGCAGCCUCCUGGAUUCUGACAAUGACCUGGACUUCCUAAAUGACCUUGGGCCAAAGUUCAAGACUCUGGCUGAGAUCUGUUCCCCUCCUACACCAAAACCCUCUCUGACACACAACAUAACAGGUGCAAUCCAAACUACUGUUGAUAUUGGUGAACCAAUUGUUAAGCCAAAAAUUGAAUACGCUGUUGAGACAAAGCAUGCCAAUAUAAAAAUAGAGAAAGUCAUGUCAUCUACUAACAUCUCCAAAUCAUCUGUCAGUACUGGAAGCACUGAGCCCCGAUCCUUGAUACUGCCUAACUCCAAGGUCACUAACACCAGUCAUUCCUCCAACAUCCACUCUUCUUCUCUGUCUCAUCCAGUUCAGACAGUUGUACUACAGCAACAGCCAGUUUACUAUACCACUGGCCCUUUAAUACAGCCCAUGCACUGUGUAGUUCAACCACAGUUACAGAACACAGUUCUUUUGGCAGAUGGGACACAGAGAACCAAUUUUCCAAGUCUGUAUGUAGUUAGUGGGUCACAGAACACUUCUGGACUCACAAUUAUUGGAACCCCAUGCUCUCCUUCUGGGCCAGUUGUCCAGGGCAUUGACAGCCCCAAAAGCCCUGCCUACCUCGCCAGUCCAGUCAGCUCCACCCAGUUGCUAUCUGGUAGCCCAGGUGUGUCCCAGGGCUCAGUUGUUGUGGAGGGUUUGAAAAUCAUAAGGCCAAAAUCUGAUGGUAAUUAUGUGUUAGUUAAAGAGAGAGGUAGUCCAGGUGAGGCAGAGGGGGUGGACCCAGACUCAUCUCAGGGCACUUUGCCCAGAGAUGCUGUUCUGGUAAAAGAGGCUGCUGCCCCUCAGGGGGUGUUAGGCCCAGCAGUCCAGGAGAGUGUGUAUGGCAUUCUGACAGAACACACUGCUACUAAAAAGGGGGUUGUUGUUACAGUGGACAGAACUUUGGGGCAAACAUGGGAUGGGCAGGGAGGGCAGAUGGAACUUGGGCUAGUUAAUGUUUUGGGAGUUGGUAUUGGGCAGCCAAGAAUGGGAAUGGGACAUGUGGUAGGACCAAAGCCAGAAGUCAGACUGGCUGGAAUGGGGUCAGCUGGCAUAGGUACAGUUGGUAUUAGGCAGGUUAGUGUAAACCAGUUCCGGGAAAUUCCUUCACUGGAGCAAACAAGGGAACAAGCAAACAGUGGUGUUCUAAAAGCAUGUAGGCUAGAUGGAAAUACUUCCACUACAGCUGAAACCACUAAAACACAUCACACCACAAAGGUAGAGGUUAUACUGAAAAAUCAGUUCGAGGUCAACAGUGAUCCAGCUCAGAAGUUGCCAGGUGAUACAGCUGAAGAGACACAAUCAGAAAAUGUGAUCACCUUUACUUCAGAACAGGACACAGCAGUAGAUGAUCAUUCUGGGAUAGUCCAAUGUGCAGUUGAAGACAAUGAACGUAUCCAAGAGUAUCCAACACAAACAGAUGUGCUACAGAAAUCAUUUCAGCAGUCUGAGAAACCAGUAGGUACAGUAGAUGAAAUCCCUGACAUGUAUACAAGCAAAUGUACAAAUCUGAUAAGUUUGAUGACAGAACAAAGUGACGCACAAGAGAAUGCAGAAGAAGUUAAGGCCCCACAGUCAGAACAGCAGGAAAAUCAGUUUCUCUCUGAAGGUUUUUGUAAGAAGGAUACACCUUUGAUCACUCAGAUAUCCUGCACAGAAACUUUUUUACUUGGAUCAGAUGUCAUUGAUUUAGUAACCGACAAAGAGAAGGAAGAGACACCAAAGUGUACAUAUGGAGAGGAAGCCACUUCUACUACAGACCACAUCAGCACUGUAGAUGACCAAAUACAUGACAUCAUCAAAGAAAGUGUGGGCAAGCAGGAAGCUGUAUCUUUGAAAGAAGAAGAAGAAAGAAAACCUGUUCAGCCCAGCAUAGAGGAAGGUCCAGGCGACAGAAGUUCUGAAGCAUGGUCAGAACCCCAGACAGAUGAAUUCACAGAGGAUCAUAAUGAACGGAGGCAGGAUAAAGACACCAGUCAAGCAGAUAAAGUUGUUUCAGACUUCGAAAUGAAUCAGGUUAAUACCAUUUGUGAUUGUAUGCAGGCAGAAGAUAUUGUUGAAAAAAUGUCAUUCCCAACUGUGAGCGCUAUUUUAACUCACCAUGAGGAAGAGGAUGUGGGCAAUCUGAAUUUGAUAUUGGAAGAAAAAACCACUCAGGUGCAAGUAGAAGACUCUCAUGUGACAACCAUUUCAACAGUCAAGCACACAGCAGGAAACAGUAGCCACAAGGGAGAUGAUGAUAAUGAACAAGAUAUAACAUCAGCAUCAAGAGUCAAUGCGAAUGCUGAAAGCAUAAGUGAUGGAGAGACAGAGGAGAGUAUUGUGGAGAAAGGAGUGUCACAGCAGAGUUUCAGCACAUCUGAUGACCAAGAUGAAGACACUGAAUUACAAGAUGCACUAAGUACAAGUUCUCAAAUGGAAGAUAAGUUCAUCUCAGAUGACAACAUUACUGAUGAAGAGAAAGAUGAGGAUGUUGUGGAGGAAAUGGUGUCACCAGUACAGCAAAAUAGAAGCUACUCAGAUGGCUACGAUGAAGAGAGUACAAGAGAACAUGCAUCACAUAUACGUUCUGAAGUGGAUGAUGCGUUAAUCUCAGAUGAUGGCAGAAAUGUUUCAGAGAAAGAGGAAGAGAUUGUAGAGGAAGUGGCAUCACCUGUACAGAGAAAUGUUUCUAUCACAGAUGACCAAGAUGAGGAGAGUGUGAGAAAAGAUGCAUCUGGCAGAAAUUCUCCUUUGGAUCAUCAGCUCAUUGCAGAUGAAAAUAUAAAUACUAGACAAGAAGAGGAGUAUAUUGUGGAGGAAGUGACAUUGUCCAUACAGCCACCCCUUAGCAUCUCUAAAGACCGAGGUGAAGAGACUGAAAGAAAAGAAAGUGUGAUUUCCCAAGUGGAGGAUCAGUCCAUCUCAGAAAACAACACAAGUGAUGGAGCAAAAGAGGAGGAUACCUUGGAUGAAGAACUGUCACCUGUACAGCAAAUGAGUAGAAUCUCCAAUGAAGUUGAGGGCGGUGAAAAAGAUUAUGUACACCACACAGUUUCUGAAAUAGAAAAUAAGCUCAUCUCAGAUGACAGUGUAACUGAUAGAGAGAAAGAGGAGGAAGAGGCGCCAUCCAUACAGCAAAGAACUAGCAUAUCAGAUGGCCAAGAUGAAGAGAGCCAAACAGAAGAUGCAUCAGGAACAAGUUCUCAGUUGGAAGAUCAGCUCAUGACCAGCUUAGAUAACAUGAAUUAUGUAGAAAAAGAGGAGCAAAUUAUGAGCAUCCCAGAUGAACAAGAUGAAAAGAGUGCCAAAGAAACAUUAUGCAUAUGUUCUCACAUAGAGGAAGAAGGCUUUAAAUCUCACCAGUUCUUAGAAGAGGAUUCUCAGUCUUUAGAGACUCAAUGUUCAUCUGAGGAAGAUCCUCAUUUAACAAUUCAACAUGCAGAGAUCCACCAGGUGGUGACAUUGUCAGAGGUGACAGAAGCUCAUGAAAUGCCUUGUGAAGUUACUAAACAUCAAAUAAGGAAAUUACAAGAUUCCUCUCAGAUGGCACACAUAACUCUGGAUAUUCCUGAGAGGCAAAAUAUAAUAGGUCAAGAGUUAGUGAGUGGUGCUAGCAUGGAGGGUUUUGAUGAAGCACUCACAUCAUCAUCCAGGGUGGCCACAGAACAGGUUUCAGUGCCCGCUGAAGUGAGAGACACCAGUCCUAGCAUAGUGGCAUCUGAACAAGAAGCUCAGGGUGAAAUGAUUCCUUCUGAUCACUACACUACAGACAUAAUUAAAACUGAACAUGGUAAACCUGAAGACCUUACUUUGGAAACAAGAAAAGCAGAGGUCAGUUUUGACCUGAGGAUGAAAGAGGGUUUAGAUGAUAGUGCAACAAAUGUAUUUGGUCAGGUAUCACUAACAUCUUAUUCAGACAUUAAAGUGGCAGACAAGACCACAUUUUCAGUGCUGGGAACAGAAGCAGGCUCAUCAGAGACAGGAACUGCAAGUUUUAUUGUAAUGAGUGAGGUAGCCAAGGAGGCUGGGAACCUUGUCCAAGAUGAGAGUAUGCAAAUUACUGGAGAAGCAGCAGGAGUAAACCCAAAUGCCGUGGGUCAAGCUGGCUCAAUGGAAGUUGUGUCAUAA